AUGGAAGAGGUCGAGCGGAGCAUAUUCGAGAGUUGGAUGGUGUCGCGUCUCGCAGUGCGAGAGUUCGGGCGCUUCGACAUGGUGGAGCAGGGCAACGGCCGCCUGCUGCGAUGGGGCACGGUGAUGGUUCCUCGCAGGUUGGAGAUCAUGCUGCACCUGCUGAAUUCACCGGUGCUGCAUGAAUCCACGCUCAGCAACACGGAUAUGCCGCAUGGCACGAUGAAUCAUUUCCAGCUGCUGAGCACUCCGCUGAGGGUGCCUGCGGGCGGAACCGCCCACGUGCUGGCGGUGGCGCUGCUGCGCAACGACAGGGCAAAGUUGAAGCAGUAUGAGGGCUUCAAACGUGAUUCCGCCUCUUGGCCCACGUACCUGGAUAAUGAGGCUGCCUACACGUACCUGUGGCGGGUGCUGUCGCAGCAAUUCAAGGUGUACCGGCAGCCGCUGCCGUACAACGGUGCUCAGCUCAAGAAGCAGCUGAUAUACUGCUAUCGCAACUACGAAAAUGAAGUUCUGAUAUUCAAAUACCACGUCGCGUUGGACACCAGCAAGCACAACAAGUUCGCGCGGCUCAUAUCGCACUGGUCCGUGGAUAAGAUGCCCGUAAAUCAGGAUUACGCCUUCAUGCUAGACGGGCUGCUGGCAGGGGCCGAUAGAUCGUACUACCCUGAGGAGAUGUUCGACAACAUCGGGCAUUUUUCCGACUUCGUGAGCACUUUCGGGACGACUGACGAGAAGCUGCUGAAGAUGAUCAUGAGGCGCCCGCUCUUGAAGCCACGGAUGACGCUGGACGAGUGUCUGGAUGCGGAGGCUGCGCACAUCGCCAAAAUCACAAUCAGGCUGGCGCAUGUGCUGAUGGGACGUAUGCUGGUGAACCACGGCAUACCGGCGUUCAUGGCAAUGCGGUCGCGGCGCCAUGUGUGGCGCGUGCACGGGGUCCUGGGGACGCUCCGGCGGAUUAGAGCAGUGGUCAACGAGCAUCUGCUGUCGGCUCCCGGUGAUGAAGGCGCGCAGUCACUGCCGCUGCCCAACGAGAUAGACGAGAUCGAGGAGAUACUCUUCGAAUCAAGCAAAACGUUCCAUCCGUACUGGGCGAUGAAAAAUGACACCCUGUACCACACAGUGUCGGGCACGCUGAAUGACGACGGGAGCAACCCCAUGGGGCUCAUCUUCGACCCCAACCGGUUGCUGCAGAGGCUGCUGAACGUGAAAGCGGAGAAUAUCGACUUCCAGAUGGUGCACGACGUGCUGCACAGGGUAACUGCGCUAUCCACGCCAUCACGGGGCCGGAUCUUGUUCAGGUCCCCCGACACCUGCCGGAUUGUCGAUAACAUGUUAGACAAGAUUGCCGAGCAGUACGAGUCGUUGCCCGCGCCCGUGCGAAGCAAGUUGGUGGCGAAGUGCCGGUGCCUACUCGCCUUCCUGUACAUGUUCGGGAUUGUUUCCCCCAACGGGCGCCUGGAAUUGCCGGGAGGAUGGCCGCGCGACAUCGCUCGCAGCUUGGCCUACAUCACGGACGGCAUCGGGUCAUCGUGCGGCAUGUGCAACUCCAUACUGGGGUUCCUAUCGGGCAUCGGCUACCCGCCCGUUGCGGAGAACAUGUACGCCUGGGAGACGAGGAAGACGCAUCUCCACUCCACAGUGUACCAGAUGUUGGUAACUUCCGGCCGCGCCAUCCGCAAACGGCACACGGAGUACUACGACAAGACGCUGUUGAGCUACCUGAGUGGGCACUACAAGGAGGAUGACGCCUCCAGCCUGGCCGUCGGCUACUACCUGUACAGUGGCAUCGGGGCGCCGUCGCGCCUGCUGGACGACAUCCAUGUCCGCUCAGGGGUGGAGCGGAGCCCCAAGGCGGUGGGGAGCCAGUGUAUCGAAGCGCUGCCGUACGUCCUCGACGCCGCGAAGUCUGCGAUGCGCACACGCAUGUAUGUAAUUAACGAUGAGGGCAGCGCAGAGUACCGCUCACGCCGCUAUGCGGAGUUCAUAAAGAAGCUCGCGCUGAUGGGCGACGUGGACGGGCUGCGUGUGAUGGGCGACUUCCACUUCAAUGGGCACGAGGCGGGUAACAUCGGAAUCGAUGUGCCCAGGGCCCUGGAGUACUGGACCCGGGCGGCGCACCGUGGCGAGGUGAUCUCCGCGCUCACGAUGGCAAACCAUCUCAUCAACCUGCUGAAUUACGAGGGGAACGGUGACGCCUCGCCGCAACCAGGGGAACGCAUUGGCGACGACAUUAUCGUCACCGCCGAGCAGCUGCAGCUGGACGGCACCUCGCGGGCGGAUAUAGAGCGCGCCGCGGAACGGUACCUGAACAUAGCAGCGGAGUCGAGCAACCAGCUUGCCGCGGCGACUGCGCGGUACUACGCGGCGCGUUACGGUAUAGGCCAGCCGAGGGACCCGACGGUAGCUGCACGGCAUCUGCAGGAUGCGGCGGACAGAGGAGACACCAAUUCGCAGUUGCUGAUGGGCCACGCUUAUGCGGGGAUGCUCAGCGAUAUCACGCCCGCAGAUGGGAAGAACGUCUUCAUGGCGCUGGAAUACUACAGGCGCGCCGCCAGAAGCGGCAACAUCGUGGCCGCGUUCAACACGGCCGUGCUAACUCUGCAUGGGUACGACCUGAAGUACACGUCGUCGAUCGACAGGUGCAAGGCGUCGUUCACGUACUUCCAGCAGGUGGGGAGACAGGCGCCACUGCCGGCAGUGGUCCGGGCCCUCUCCGUCCGCGCGGCGCGUCACGGCGACGAAUUGGGCCACGCGCUGCUGAGCAUGUUCCUCUCCGAGAUGGGCGACCCACAGGCGCACAUUGAGGCAGCGAACCAUUUCAAGAACAACCACAAGCUGUGUUACGUGGGUGGCGAGGUAACGCUCGUAAAAACAGCGGGUCGGGGGACAACCUCAAACACGGCGGUGAUCCCCUCACCUCCCACGGGAGUGUCCAAAAGUAGUGAGAUUGGUGACGCGAAGAAAUUGAUGGGGCAACGAAAGGCGGGUGAUGGAAACGGCGCCGCGAAAAAGGCAGGGGCCGGCUCCGACUCGGGUUCCAGCAAGGCCGCAGUGCCCGGUAAGGCAUCCAAAAAUGCGCUGGCCGAGAUGCCCAAGAGAAGCGUUGGAAUAUUCACACCGUACGUGCAAAAUGAAGAGUCCUCCGUGACCUCCGAAUGCCACAUCUUCUACGCUCGCCGCAGUGGCCACGCGGCCAUGGGCGGGUCGCCACUGCUGCUGGCGGAGGCGCUCAUGGACCGCUACCCCGACGAGUCGGCGAAAUGGGUGCUUGAGGCGAAGAUCCGAAACGAGCCCAAGGCUGCGUACCUCUAUGCCACGAUGCUGGAGGCGGGCACCGGCGUGGCGCAGGACUGCCAGGCGUCGUACGGGUACUACAGCUCCAUGACCGAAUCGCGGGAGCACACCAACAAAAUGCUCGGUUUCCUCUGCAUCCAGCGCACGCGCAUUUCGCACCUCCUGCAUAGGUGGCACUAUCCGUACGGAUGGUUCGUUUCCAACUUCUACGACGCGGCGGUGGUGCCGCAUCUGCUGGCUGAGGACUACAAGCCGUGCCACUUCGCCCUGCCCGCGAUCAAGCCGCUGGAGACGGUCAGCGACAAGUUUAUCACCGUCACGUUCGCCGUUGCGGUUCUGCUGUCGUCUCUAGUCUACAUAAAGCUCCGGUGA